GCAUACCUAAGGCAUCAAUAAUAUUUUCGCAGAAACUCCAGAUUAAUUAAUAGAGGGGAAAAGCACGGCUGGAAUCUCACAAGAACUCUUGCACAUCAUGUUUACGCGGCAUGUGCAAUCGGCCAUUGGAGGUGGCAGACCUUUGACUCAUGAUUUGAUGAGGGUGUCCGAGGGGAUUCAGGCAAGUUUGAGGGCUUUUAGUAGCUCUGUUAGGAGGAGUGAGGAGGGGGAUGGUAGGUUUCUAUUCUAUACUCUCUUGGAAGGUUUAUGGGGAUUACAUCCAUGGCUUUCAUGACUAGAAAGUUGGCGUGGGACUUGGAGCUUCGAUUAGAGGUUAUGUUAUAACAUACUAACAAUAACCAGAUCAAUUACGUUCCACACGCGCAGAACGCAGCUCUAACGCUGUAAACGAUAUUUCCUCACUCGCAUCCCAGCCCUCUCGCGGAAUCGAUGCUCGCUCGCUGGCAGCGCGCCCUCCCCCUGGUCAAUCUUUUGUUUUGUCCCGCCGUAUAAUUGAUAGUCCCUCUCAGGGACGAGGACCAGCUACCCGACAUAGUCCCAAUUAUCGCGGACGAGGUGGUGCCCUCUAUGUACCACCAACCGGAGCCCGUAGAGGAGGUGCGAGAGCAAGUCCUGCUGGUGGAAGAGGCGGUGCCGGUAAACGAGGACGUGGUGGUAUGAGGAGAGCCCGGAUUACGGGACCAAAACCUGCGGAUGUGGAAUUAGAUGAAUAUGAUCCUCCAUAUACACUUGAGGAACAACAAUACUUGGAUAGUCAAGAGGGAGGUGAAUGGGUAUCAUAUAAUCCCGUGACAUCGAUGGAUGAUUUGGAAAGUUGGGGACCGGCUAUAGCGACUAGUGAAAGUACGAAUGGGUUGAAGGAAUCGAUAAUUUAUAAGAUGCAAUUAGUGAGUGGUACACUAGGACAGAGAGAUGUACCGACGCCGCCGGAAAGACAUUUGGCAAAUGUGGAGAGGGGCUUGGGAACGGUGUUUGAGAGUAGGGAGGAGAAGGAGACGUUAGAGAAGUGGAGGGAUGGGAAGGAGGAAUGGAGAGAUGAGGUUAGGUGGAAGGUUCAUAAAGAUUAUAAGAUUGAGGGACUGAGGGAUGAGGAGAAGGAGGCAAUUUUGAAGGAAAUGGUGGCAGGUGUGUAUAAGAAACCGGGAGACGUGAAGGAGGAUCUAUUGAGAGAGAUCGAAAGGAUCACAGCGAAGAACGAGACUUUCUUAAAAGAUGACUCAAGGUUGUUGGAGGAGAAGAUUCAAAGCAUGUUACCUGCUGCUUAGAUAGCUGGUGUAAGGCAACAAUAGCAAAAGGCAAAGGACCUACAAUAAGGGUUGAGUGUACCGUAUAGUGUAUCCAUAAAAACAUAUAAAUGGCAUUGUACAAACGCAAUCAUAUACCAUACAAUAA